AUGAGUGUGAUGCUCUGCAGGCUCGUGGCGUAUCUCUCCGUCUCUCUGCACGCGCUCAUCUCCCCGUGCCAGCUCCAUCCUCAGCCCUGUGGCAUCCUCGCGCAGAUCGGACACACCAUCCGCCUCGGCGCCGUCCUGCCCUCCCAUCAGCCCUCGCGCGUCCGAGCCGCCCUGAACCGCGCGCUCAUUCACGCCAGAAACUGGCCCCACGCGCCGCUCUUACCCUACAACCUGAGCCUGGAGGUGGUGUGGGCGCGAGCGGCGCACGCGGACCCAGAGUCGGUGUUCAGGUGCGUGUGUCAGGACGUGGUGGUGCGCGGGGUCUCAGCCGUGCUCGCGUUCCCGCAGAGCCAGCACGAGCUCGUGCAGGUGGAGUUCAUUUCCGCUUUUCUGGAGAUCCCGUUUAUCAGCAUCAUCGAGGAAGGUGAAGCGCUUCAGACGCAGAACCGGUUCCACCUGCAGAUGCUGACUCAUGUCCCUGCAUCCGGAUUGGCUGAGCUGCUUCUGUCGGUUCUGGUGCGAGCGGGGUGGCAGGGCGGGGCGGCGGUGAUGUGCCCAGGAGGGGGCGACACCGGGGUGUUGGAACACCUCCACCAGCAGGGGCGGGCCGGGCUCAACGGCUCACGCUGGCAUCUGUGGGAAACCCUCGACCUCUCCAGCCACUGGGCGUCUUGGUCAAGCGAGGAGGAAGCUAAUAAUAACAACAACAACCAAUUUAUUUUACAUAAAACGCCUGAGGACGUGUCACAGGAAGUUACUGAUAAGGAACAGGAAAUGAGCGAGCUCCUCUCACAGCUCAUGAACCGAACCCCGUCUGCUCUGCAUUCCAGCGUGGUCGUGUUCGGGUCAGACCCGGAGUGUGUGAGCUUGGUUUUGCGUGGAGCGACGCGACUCGGACACACACUCUGGGUUCUAGGACUGCCCCUGAACCCGGACGCUUUAAGUGCCCUUGGGUCUCCAAAAGGCCUGCUGGCAUACGGACAGACGGAGCGCCGGCCGCUCAGCUCCUACAUCGGCGACGCGCUGCAGCUGGUGGGUCGAGCCGUGUCUGACGCCAGCGUGGUGCGACCCGACCUGGCGCUCAUCCAGAACAUGGUCAACUGCUUCGACAAGCCCAAUAAACACGAGCUGCUGUCAUCCGGACACUACCUGUCCAGAUUCCUCUCCAACAUGUCGUUCGAGGGCCUGACAGGUCAUGUCACUGUGCAUCCCUCCAUCUCUAUCGUUUCCACCACACACGGGUUCCACGUUUGGAGCCUUCAGAGGGACGCUCUAGGUCAGCCAAGCUGGGCCACGGUGGCUGAAUGGCAUUCUGGACACUUGGAGAUGGAUAAGAAGAGUAUUUGGCCGGAUUUAAUGAAACAUGAGCUGGAUCAGGAGACGACCGUCAAGCCCGGCAGACGCUGGCAUCACGGAUUUCCUGUUUCUGGGCACAGACUCCGUGUUGUGACUUUAGUGGAGCAUCCGUUUGUUUUUACCCGCAAGGCUGAUGAAGAUGGCCGAUGCCCAGCCGGACAGCUUUGUCUGGACCCUCGAACCAACAACUCAGACAUCCUGAAUCGUCUUUUCACAGAUCUGGAGCAGAAAAACAGCAGCUCGUUACCAGGUGACAUGAUCAAAUGCUGCUACGGAUACUGCGUCGACCUGCUGGAGAAGCUCGCUGAGGAUAUGGGGUUUGAUUUUGAACUGUACAUCGUAGGCGACGGAAAGUACGGCGCGUGGAAAAACGGGCAGUGGACGGGGCUGGUGGGAGACUUGCUGAGCGGCGCGGCCGACAUGGCCGUCACGAGCUUCAGCAUCAAUUCAGCGCGGAGUAAAGUGAUGGACUUCACCAGCCCGUUCUUCUCCACCAGCUUGGCCAUCCUGGUGCGCAGUAAGGACACGGCCGCGCCCAUCGGAGCCUUCAUGUGGCCGUUACACUGGUCCAUGUGGGUCGGGAUCUUCAUCACGCUCCACAUCACCGCACUUUUCCUCACACUCUACGAGUGGAAGAGUCCGUUUGGAAUGACGCCGCAUGGACGAAACCGGGUCCGAGUCUUUUCCUAUUCUUCUGCGCUCAACCUGUGUUACGCCGUGCUGUUCGGACGAACUGUCGCGAGCAAGACGCCAAAAUGCUGGACCGGACGAUUCCUCAUGAACCUCUGGGCCAUUUUCUGCCUGCUGGUGCUCUCCAGCUACACCGCGAACCUAGCAGCUGUGAUGGUGGGCGAGAAAAUAUUCGAGGAGGUUUCGGGAAUUCACGACGCCAAGCUCCAGCAUCCGUCUCUGGGGUUCCGCUUUGGUACGGUCCACGAGAGCAGCGCUGAAGACUACAUGAAGAAGAGUUUUCCUGAAGUGCACGAGUACAUGAGACACUUCAACCAGCCCACCACACCACAGGGGGUCGCUACACUCAAGACAGAUCCUCCUCAACUCGACGCUUUCAUCAUGGAUAAAGCUCUGCUCGACUACGAGGUCUCCAUUGAUGCUGAGUGUAAGCUGCUGACGGUGGGAAAACCGUUCGCUAUCGAAGGUUAUGGUAUUGGAUUACCCCAGCAUUCCCCGCUGACCCGGAACUUUUCGGAGGUCGUGAACGGUUAUAAGUCGGACGGUUUUAUGGAUCUGCUGCAUGAUAAAUGGUAUCGGGCCACUCCCUGCGGAAAACGAAGCUUCGCCGUCACCGAGACUCUGCAGAUGGGUAUCCAGCACUUCUCCGGACUCUUUGUGUUGUUGUGUGUUGGUGUUGUGUGUUCAUUACUCACACUGCUGAGUGAACACACCUUCUACAGCUUCAUCUUACCGCACCUGCACAACCAACACAGACUGAAGUACUGGCUCCACACCAGCCAGAAGAUCCACCGAGCUUUAAACACGGUGUGUGAUGAGAAGAAGACGGAAACCGUGAACAAAAACACAAACAUUCCCUUGUGUCUGUCAGAAGGCUGUCAGCUCCACUGUCUGCCCUCCGCUGAUCCCUCCAUCUCCUCCUCCACCUACAACAGGUGGAACAACGGAAGCCCUGAAGCUACGAGCAGCGAACUCAAAGAUGCGAAUCACAAGCGUGUCCACUUCGACCUGGGGUCAGAGCGAGGCAUUAAGAGCCCUGACGCUUUCACGGAAGGUCCAGACGUGGGCAUCAAGCGCUCAGAUGAGGCCAUGUGUGACCUGCUGGUGCCGGAUCUGGGCACUAGGAGAUUGGAUGGGGGCAUUAAGAAGCUGUUGAGGUCACAGCGGGGUAUUAGGGGGUUAGUGGGCAGCCCUCCUUCUCAGCUGUGUGCCAACGGAGAUGCAGCGUCAGGACUCAGCCUGGUUCUCCUGCCCCCUGCCUGCCCCGCCUCAUCUCGCUCCUCUCUGUGGGAAGGGGAGCUUCAGGAGAUCGAGGGCAAAAUCGAAGAAUUCCGGGGGAACCUGCGGGCGGCGCUGGCACGGAGAGCCGAGCUCCAGAGGAACCUGGAGAAAGAGAGAGAGAGACAGAGACAGACGGAGAGAGACAGCAGCUGUCUCUCCAUCAGCACAGACACGAACAGGAGGAGGUGAUGAGUGAGACAGGAGGGACGAACGAGUGCCGUCUCUCUUCCUCCC